CCUCGUCUGUUUCCUGUGGCCGAAGGAAGCAAUCUCUCAGGGGAGGGGGGGCAGAGAGAGCUCAGCGAUUAAAAUAGUGGUAAAAUCAGCUUAUCUUCAAUGGAAAGAUAGACAGGGGAGAGAGAGAGAGAUCAGAAUCUGUGAAGAAAAAUUGAAGAGAGAUUUUGUAAAGCGAAUCCCUAGUUUGGGGGAUGGUGUUGGGACCACUGCGAUUGACGAAGAGCCAGAACAAACUCGUCACGACUCUGUGCGAGGGAGCUGCCGCCGUGGUUCCGCCGGCGCCGGUGAUCGUCUUCUUCUCGUUGAUGGUGGUCUUCUUUACCGGUGACGGCGGCUUCGGGAGAUGGAUCUUGUUCGCCGAGGGUAGCAGCGGUGGAGCUGCGAAGAACGGCUUCUCCGGCGGCGGAUUCUGGUCUUCGGCUGUUGCUCCUUCUAAUGUCGGUUUAGCUGUCGCCGUCACGGCCAUGGCCGGAAUUGCCGUGGCUGCUACGGUCGUCUACUCUCGUAGAGGAAGUCUCAGAUCACCCUUGUCACGGUGGAGAAGAAAGAAUGCCCUUCAACCUAAGCAGUGGCAUGGUUUUUUCACACCAGAAGGAAGACUCUGUGACGGAGGCAUCAAAUUUCUGAAGAAAGUUCGCAGUGGGGGUGUUGAUCCAAGCAUUAGACCAGAGGUUUGGCCCUUCCUCCUUGGAGUAUUUGAUUUAAACAGCUCCAAAGAAGAAAGAGAUUCUGCUCUGCAGCAGAAACGGAAGGAAUAUGAAAGCCUGCGGAAGCAGUGCCGUCAAACUCAGAAACGAAAUGAAAAUGAAUCCACCCCAGAGCAGAGUGUCUAUGGAAGCAACACAGAGGAUAGCUCAGAACUCAGUCAGGUUGUUGAUUAUGGGGAUCAUGAAGAUGUUAGUUCCAGGAGAUCCAUUUCCAUGGAGGAAUCAGAGCAGUCGAACUCUGACUCUGUUGUGCAGAAUGGGGAAUGCGAAGAAAAGAGCAUGGUCACCUCCGAAGAUGCUUCUGCCAGCGACUCAGAUUCAAGUGAACCUGAGUCCUUGCAAGAGACUGAAACUUCACCUCUCCUAUCCACUGAAGAAUCAGGAGUUCAUGACAUUGUUAAGCAAGAGAAGGAGAAAUUGUCUCUGUCAAAGCCCAAAACCCACACAGAUGAAGACUUUGCGACGUGGCAGAGAAUCAUCCGCCUUGAUGCUGUGAGAGCCAACGACGAAUGGGUGCUCUACUCGCCGUCUCAAGCUGCUGUGUCAGAGACAAAGGCCCGGCAGCUAGCCAUUCGGGUGAGUCUGAAAGACUAUGAACACCUAGAGCCCUGCAGGAUAUACCACGCAGCACGGUUGGUGGCGAUCCUGGAAGCCUACGCGAUAUAUGACCCAGAGAUCGGAUACUGCCAAGGAAUGAGCGACCUGCUGUCUCCGAUAAUAGCAGUGAUAGAAGAUGAUGUGCUAGCAUUCUGGUGCUUUGUUGGGUUCAUGAGAAAAGCAAGGCAUAAUUUCAGGCUUGAUGAGGUGGGGAUACGUACACAGCUGACGCUGGUGUCGAAAAUAAUAAAAAGCAAAGACAUUCACCUGUACAGGCACCUGGAGAAGCUGCAAGCGGAGGACUGCUUCUUUGUGUACAGAAUGGUGGUGGUUCUAUUCAGGAGGGAGUUGAGGUUUGAGCAGACGGUGUGCCUGUGGGAGGUGAUGUGGGCGGACCAAGCAGCGAUACGUGCUGGGAUAGCCAAGCACGACACGUGGGGGAGAAUCAGGCUGGGAUGGGCUCCUCCUACGGAAGACCUGUUGCUGUACGCCAUAGCUGCGAGCGUACUGCAGAGAAGGAAGACGAUAAUAGAGAAGUAUUUCAGCAUGGAUGAGAUAAUGAGGGAGUGCAACAGCAUGGCUGGCCAUCUCGAUGUUUGGAAGCUUCUUGACGAUGCUCAUGACUUGGUUGCCCAUCUUCACCACAAGAUCUGAUGAUGAUUGAGUGACAGACAACAUUCCUCUGUUAUCUACUUUUCUUUUCUUUUCUUGGUUCAAUUCACUAUCAGAAAAUUGGGGAUGUACUAUAUAUAUGUAGAAGCAUUGUCGUCAUUUUUUUACGGCAGCUAUUGUUAUUUUGUUAUUCAAGAUUCCGUAUGUCAAUGUU